AUGUCCAAAACAAUCGAAACGCAUCUCCAAAGUAACGAGGUCCGAAUACCGAAGAAGGCGACCGAGUUCAAUCUGAGGGGCUCGGCCGCACCUUGUCAGUACUUCAAGAGCUCUUUCGCUCGCUCGCUAUCCUUUAGCCAAGGGCCCGGAGGCGGUGGUGGCCCCUACGGAUCGGCCGAACAGCACUUUACCCGGUCGCUGGAUUUCGAUGUGAACUACGAUCCCCAUCCUCUUGGCGGAGGAUCAGCUUCGCGCCAGAUGACCCCUUCUUCGGCCUCACCGGUGUACGAGGAGGAUGCCGAUCUCGGGUCGGGUACCGAAGACGGCCAUGAUCAGCUGUCCCUGAGCGCACUGAACGGCAGUAUCGCGGCCAGUAAUGGUGGCAUCGUCAAGACGCUGUGGAAUUACGCCAAAGGACAGGAUGUUAAACCAAUCAACGGCAGUCCGAUCAAAAACGCCAUGGGAUUCAAAUCGCAUGGUUCACCCGGUGCAAGAAAAUCUAUUGAAGGCAACGAAAUAGAAGUCCUACGUCUUCGAAAGGAAUGCCAGAGCCUGAUCGAGGAGAACCGUCGCCUGGUGAACAUUGCCACGGUGGCCGGAGGCAGCGGUGGCGCCAUCUACGCCCUCGGCGGCAUGCUGAACGGUGGGAGCGGGGCCGCUGGUUCCGGAAGUCUGUCCACGCUGGGCAUGGGCGUGCCGAACGGUGGCAGCUACGCUAGCGUCGAGUCUGUGAUCCUGCAAACGCAAGUCGAAACGCUUCAGUGGCAACUGAAACAGGUCGACUCCAGCCGCCACAUGUACCGGGCCGUGAUGGAGGAAGUGGUCCGGUUUCUGGACCGCUGCUACCGUUCGCUGGACGCGCUGCAGACCGCGAGCGCCCAGAUGGGCCGGUCGAAGAGUGUGCUGCAGGUGUCCGGGAAAAAUCCGGGCAGCCAGCAUCCGCAGCCGCCACAGCAACAUCAGCACCAGCACCACCAUCACCACGACUCGGACAGCAGCAGUGCGAGCAGUCCGCGGGCCCGGAGCAGCACCAACCUGAUCGAGGCCCCAAAAGCGUACACCAAAGCGUCGGGCGGCGGCGGAGGAAAGAACGGCCGGCUGGAACAGCAGCAGCAGCAGCCUUCCUCGCUGUCCCUGGCCGGCACAGCGCUCCACGAGGAUGAUUGUGUCGUCCCGCCAUCACCUGCCAGCUCCUACAGCACCUUCCGAGACUUUACUUGGCGACGCUCACCGAAACGAACCCAGACUCUGCCAAUUUCCUGCAACGAAGUUGACCCGGAGAAGCUGGCCCAGGAGGCGUUCCGUUUGCUGCGGACGGUGCAGAAUCUCCUGAACACGCAGGAACCGACGCUGGCCCAGUCGACGAACGCACUGGACAGCCUGAUCUCGUCUACGGCCGCUUCCAGUUGCGGCGGCAGCAGCACCACCCUGACCGGGGUCGGUCUCUCGGCGUCGUCUUCCAUCGGGGUCGGUGUCGGCGGCGGUGCCCUGGGCAGCAGCAUGCCAACGCUCACCGGCAGCGGGAGCGGCGGCGGCAGUGGCACCGGUCCCGGAGCGGGCAGUGUCGGUGGAUCCGUCGGCGGAGCCGGCACCAGCUCGGUCGGCGGCGGAGGAGGAAUCACGAAUGGCGGACUCGUCAACACUCGCAGCACGGUCGGUUUCAGCCGCAAGCUGAACAUGCGCGGCAGUCGACUUUCGGUGCGCAGCAGUACGGCCGAUUCCGUGCACUCGACGUCGUCCUCGACGAAAACGGAAACGGACGAAGACAGCAUGGCCGCGGAUCGACCGUCGCCACCGUUACUUUUGUCGCACCAUCCUCAUCACCACCAUCUGCUGGUGAAUGGCCACGGUGGCACCGGAACGAUGGUCAAUGGCUCGACGGGCAACAACGGGGUUGCUGGCGGUGGCACGGGAGGAGGCAGCAGCAGCAGUAGCAGCAGUUGCAGCAGUACCUCCGGCACCGGGGGACACCACCAUCAUCACCAUCAUCACCACCACCACCGGUACAGUGCCAACAUCGAGCGGAUCAAGGAGAUGAUGAUCUCGAGCUCGGCGGAGGACGAAAGCGGCUUCAGCUCAAUGAACUCGUUCCAGGAGAUUGGCCUGCCGCUCAUCAACUCGACGAUGCUCUCGUCAGUCGGUUCCGCGGACAGCACCAGCCACGGAGUCAGCAACGGAUCGCUCGGAAGUGGUUCCUCCUCGGCCGAGCACGGACUGGGCACUGGUGGUGGUGGUGAGACAGGUGGCACCGCGGGUGGAACCUUCGAUGAUUCGUCGGAACUGCGGGAAAACACCACCGUCAUUCCGAUCGAUGGCACUGCGACGGCGACGGCCAUUGGUGGUGGUGCCAGCGGAAGUGCGAACCGGCUGGGAAUCCCAGCGUCCCCGGCCAAAGUGGUGACGUCCGUGGUCACCUCCUCCUCUGCCACAGCCAGCGGUAGCCCUUCCAAGACGACGGCGGUGAUCAACGGCAGUCCCGUCUCGUCCUCGGGGUCCCCGCUGCGGGCGACGCAAUCUUCCAGCUACGAGCACCACACGCACUUUGUGAACCAUCGCCGCUGGGACUCGGCCCCGGUGGUCCCGCCGAAGCUCAAGAUCCACGCCAGCGAAACCGACACCGUGUCGCGGGUGCUCUGGGUGUAGCAGAGAUAGAGGCGGCCCCCGCCAGCACCGCGCGAGGCCGCCGACCGUCGUCGCACCGGCUUUCUUGCAUUUGUGUCCCACUGUAUCUGUGCCCUGUAACUCUCGUUCCCGUCCCUCUGUCGUAGCCGUUGCUUUGUACAUUUCGCACUCAAUUUGACCCUUAUUUUCCCCUUAUUUUUAUAAAGAGCAGAACAAC